GCCGUUUUCCGCCCACUUGUUCCGAAUCCUCGAAUCUGUUCAAACGAUCACAGCCCUCUGACAUCCAAUAACGCGUCUUCAACAUUGGGUAUUUGCGAUACUAAAUAAUCUGUGAAGAGAGUGCAAAUGGCCUCUGCACGGCUGUCAUCCAGCCUUCAAACAAAACUAUCCAAGAUUUUUGAGAGUAGCUCGGACAGCUAUACGAACAAAAAUGGCGAGAGAGUGAUUUCUUCGCGGUCCAUUCUUCCUAUCCUCGACGCUUUGGCAUAUGAAUAUGGCGAUGUCAUCGUUGAACCAGGUCAAGAAGAAAAUUUUGCUAGAACAAUAGAAAGUUACCCUCCCUUGGACCUCACACCUGCUCUUAUGAUCCAACUAGUGGAACAACUAUCUGGCGUCAAGCUUCCCUCUUCCCCGAAUCAUCAAGAAGUAGCCGGCGUGGCUUCCACCGUGCUUGACUCGAGGCAACGAAGCGGGCCUGUUGCAAGCCCUGCUCCGAGUGCCUGGAAUAGGAAACCGCAGCGCCUACGAGGUCUUAGUGAGACGAAUAUAAUUGUGCUUACUGGGGAGGAUGGAAGGGCGACGCCAACGGGUCCUCGUUCAGCAUCUUGGACGUUGUCGAGUCCCAAUUCCCCCACCGAACUGUCGCCACGGCUGUGGCCUGUAAAUCGGCCACCAUCCGUAGCUGGCUCGCAAUCUCAAUCGCCAGAUGCGGCAUUACUCGAACAAUCUUUCCUUGCCACCCCAAUUAAAUCCCCAGAUUGGUCCUUGGCGGCUCUUUCACCAGACGAUGAUUAUCCUUAUCAACCACUUGCCGCUCCUUCAUUCUCAUCAUCCUCUUCGUCCUCAAAUCAAGACCUCGGCACCUUCCCCACACAUUAUCAGGAUGACGAUGACUUGGCUGAUGACGAAGAAGAUUCCGAAGAUGAGACCACAAUUCAUCGACAUCAACGGAAACAUACGCUUUCGUCCAUUUCUUCGCCCUCUAUCACGCAAACCGCUCAACAACGUGAAGAGGAACUUCAGAGGCGGAAUGAUGAAUUGGCAAAGAAGUUACAUGAUACUAAUAGAGAAUAUGAGAAUAAGUUGAGUGAUCACGAGGCGGAGAUACAGGAGUUACAGGACAGGAUUGAGGAAUUGAAGAAUGAGUUGCAGACGUCGAAGAGGGAGGAGAAAGAGUUACGGUUGAAAGCUCGUACUUCGAGUUCUCAGCUGGCUACGCUUGAAGCGGAGAUGGCCAAGUUGCAACGUCAAUUGGAUGCUUCGCGGAACUCGCACCAGUCGUUACAGAAGCAAUAUCAAGAGCAGAUCGGUACGUUGUCACUCCGAACCUGCAGGCAGUUCAAACUCAUAAUCUUCAUUGAUUCAGCCCUCUCGGAGAACUAUCGUGAUACCAUCAGGAAGAAAGAUCAAGAGGUGAAGCAUGCUGAGGAAUUAGCCACUGUGCAUCAAAAUGACUUGACGAAGUGGCGUAACGAACGUGAACUCGCGGAGGCGAACAUCGAGUCCCUCAAAGCUGAACUCGCCGCUGCCCAAAGCGCUCACCAGAGUCUGGAGGAGCAAAAACAAGCAAAUCAAAUGCUCAGAGAGACUAUUGACCGUCUUCGACUUGACUUGGAUGAGAUUCGUAUAAGCAAUACCGCUGGUGGUGGAAAGGACAGUGCAAAGUCCACCGCGAUCAACCAGAGGGGACAUGCGAGCAAACGGUCGGUUGCAAGUUUGGCGGCUGAAUUGCGUGAUCGAUUUGAUUUGAAGGAUGCGGCUGCCGAUGGGGUUGAGGUCCAAGAGUUAGAUAGUGGGGAUGAUGAUGAUGAGUUUGUGGAGACUAUCAUUACAACAAGCCGUAAACGAGUCGGAUUGCGACGAAAUCAGCAUCUGAAACCGGUGGAAGAUGCGAAGGAAUUUGCCGAUGCAUCUGCCCAGCAUUGUUCAGACGAAUUCACAUCUUCAAUCUCUACUCAGACCCAAGCGCCACUCACACGUUCCCUUGCCUCUACCGGUGCACAAACCUCACCCAACCUUCCCCGCUCGCUCUUGUUCCCAUCGGCCUCUAGUGAUGUAGAUGAUGAUGAUGCAGAUUCAAGUUCAUCUACCCUGACCGCAACCCCACCGUCACCUUCACCAAUGAAAUCAAGAUUACCUCCUACUCAAAUCAAUCCCGGCGAACUCCCGCCUUCCUAUGCCAAUUUAGAGGCGGAAGAAAGGGAACUUAUCGGUCGCGAAUACCUUCGCAAAUUCCAUCCAGGAAUCAAUAGCGACAAAGUGAUAGGGUCGCUUGUAUCAUCAUCUUCCUCGCCCAUGCCCUCACAAGAAGCUUCUCUCCCUGUAUCACAGAGAGCAGUUCAACAGUGGAUGAAAUUCAAGGUGGAAACUGGUCGUCAAUGCGAUGCUAUAGACCAAAUCUUGCUUCGCGGGCAGAACAUCUCUGAGGAUUUGCAGGCUUCUUUGAUGACGAUGACACCGAGAAAAGCUCGUGAAUGGGCUAACAAGGUCAAAGCGGCAGCCGAGGAAGAAGAGAAUAGGGUAGCUGAGGAAUCCAAGUCGAAGCCGAGGGCGACGCAACGAAGUCCACGAGGACGAUUUUACAAACUUUAUCCGUCCUUGUUUUACCCUAACAACGAAGAUGGGGAACCUCGUCAUGCAGAGAGGAACGUCUUUCUCGCUGGCAUGGGUUUCGCUGCUAUGAUGAUGAUGGCAUUGUCCAUUAUUCCAGCCAUGAGACAGGAAUACAACGACGCAAUGUAUUCGGAUCGCCAACUGUGGACCUCAUACAAUACUCUUGGCCAGGUUUCUGUGUACGACGGUUUCUUCAAUGGCCCCUCUGCUGGCGGCCAAAGCGCCUCAAAUGCUGUUUGGACACUUGCUGGUCAUGCUAUUCAAGGAGGCAUCAAUGCCAUGCGCCGAGCGCCCCCAUCCUAACCAUUAUUUCUUUUGAAUUAUGUCCGGUCUCCUUGCUAGUCCCCGCUAUCUCGUUUAGUCCUGCGUAACAACCUCUGUUCUAAUUGAUAUGUGACACCGCGGAUACCCUUCCAACACAUAAAACUGAAGCUGUGUCGCACUGACAUCAUGUUGUAGAUCGAUCCCUCCCUUUUUGCGUACUUAAAUUCGCUUCCAGUGGCUAAUACUUGACGUAGAAUAUUAUCAAUCGUGAACCAUAUCCUCGCGCGUAGUUAUCGCCUGCUUCUGAACUUUCGCGCGCGCAACUAAUGCAUCCAACGUCAUUGCAUGAGAUCUGCAUACUAAAAACAAUAUAACAAUAUAGC